CCUUUGACCCUUAACCCAACUUCUUACGCAACCAUAGAACCCUUCGCGAAUGUUCCAGAAAGUUCUAGAACAUUCUGGAAACUUAUAGAAGUACACAACAUUUUCGAACGUUCUAGAAAAUUCUAGAAUUCUUAAUCUUUCAAUUUUGACCCGGCACAGAGAAACACACACUGAACAUUAUAUAUAGAUUUUAAUACUACAGGAAUUGCGCUCGUAGGUUUUAUUUUUUAAUUAAAGAUAUUUUUACGUGAAAAAUAUUUAGAUUGAACGUAUUUUACCGAUUGCUGGUGAAUCACAAAAACAAGAAUUUUCAUAUGUGUUAUCAAAACAAAUUUAUCAUAGUGUAUCAGAAGGUCAUCUUUGGUUUUCAAUAUUUUCUCGACCACCAUCAAAUAGAUUUACACGUGUUCAGCGAUGUACUUGUUGUUUUGUGUUACUUUUUACUGCUAUGUUUCUUAAUAUUCUUUAUUAUGAUCAAGCAAAUGAAGCAAAAACAACUAAGACUACUGAAAGUCUAUCAUUUGGUCCACUUUAUAUAACUCCUCAACAGAUUGGUAUUGGUGUUAUUGUUGAAUUACUUUCAUUGGUACCAACUUUGUUACUCAUUCAAUUAUUUCGACGAACAUUAUCUCGACGAUCGUCUCAACAAACUUCACCAUUACGUGAAGCAUUGUACAAAUUAAAACACGAAUCAAUGCCUAUUGAGUCAAAUAGAAAGAAACAAUCAAAAUGUAUUUUUCCUUGGUGGUUUUUGUUUAUUAUUUAUGGUUUAUCAUUUCUUUUGGCUAUAAUUUCAACAUUUUUUAUUAUUGUUCGUGGCAUUGAAUUUGGUGAUUUGAAAACACAAAAAUGGUUAACAUCACUUAUUAGUGGUUUCUUUUCAUCAAUUCUUUUGAUUCAACCAUUAAAAAAACAAUCUCCUUUUACUCAUCGUACACAAAUUCAUGUUAAUCGUCUAGACGAAAAUGAAUUAGUUGGAGCACGUGAUCGACGUGUAAAAGAAUUACAUAUGUGGUCAAUUAUUCGAGAACUUUUAACUUAUUUAUGUUUUUUAAUGAUAAUUUAUCUUACUACUUAUUCAAAUAUAAAUCCAAAUGCAUUUCUUCAAGUAAAACAGUUACGAAAUUUCUUUUUAAAUACAAAACAAAUCGAUAGAGAUUAUACAAAAAUUUUAACGAUUGAUCAAUAUUGGAAUUGGUUAGAAAAUAGUUUUGUUUCAAAUAUUCGUGCUCAACAAUGGUAUAAUGAUGAAGCACCUCGAAAUUUAAGUGGUUUUAUUAAUGAUAAAUCAAAUCGACUGAUUGGAUGGGCAAUAAUGAGACAAUUACGUAUUAAAAUAGACUCGUGUGAAACAAAAAUAUCAUCAGUUUGUAAACGUGAUUAUAGUUUUUUUAAUGAAGAAAAACAAUCUUUUGAACCGGGUUGGAUAAAUCAAACAUCAAAAAUUUCUAAUUCAUCAAUUCGUCGAGCUUUUAUGUAUAGAACAGGAGAUGAACUUGAUACAUAUAUAUAUGUCGGUGAUCAUGAAACAUAUAAUUCAGGUGGUUAUGUAUAUGAAUAUCGAGGUCGUUUAGCAGAUCUUCGAAGUAAUCUUUCGGAGCUUCAUCGAUUAAAUUGGAUUGAUAGUCAAACACGAGCUGUAAUUAUUCAAUUAAGUUUAUACAAUCCGAAUGUUGCAUUAUUUACUUGUGUAACUUUUCUUGUUGAAUUUUUAUCAACGGGUGGCUUAUUUCCACAAUCUCGUUUUGAACCAUUAUCUUUUCAAGCUAUAACAUCAGUUUUUCAAUUAGUUUGUACAAUAAUCUAUAUUUUCUUUAUUAUUUAUUAUAUGAUCAUAGAAAUUCAAAAUAUUUUUCAAAUGAAAUGGUCGUAUUUUUUACGUUUUUGGUCUUAUAUUGAACUUGGUAUCAUAGGUUGUUCAUGGGGUGUAUUCGGUGUUUAUAUAUGGCGAUAUCGAGAAUCGAUUCGUAUUGGUGAUCGUUUCAAAGAAACAAAUGGAUAUACUUAUAUUAAUCUACAAUUAUCAGUAUAUGUAAAUGAUGUUUUAACUUUUCUACUUGGUUUUUGUUGUUUUUUUGGUUCAUUAAAAAUUCUUCGUCUUUGUCGAUUUCAUCAACGUUUAUCACUUUUUAUUGAAACUCUUCAAUAUGCAAUGAAAGAUUUAAUUCUAUUUACAUUUAUGUUUUUCAUUGUAUUUAUGGCAUUUUUAACACUUUUUUAUUUAUUAUUUGUUGGUAAAAUUUCGAGCUGUUCAACAUUAUUAAAUACAGCUCAAUUACUUUUUGAAAUGAUGUUAAUGCAAUUUGAUGCACAUGAAUUAGAAUAUGCUGAUGCAUUUCUUGGACCGUUUUGUUUUAGUUUAUUUAUAUUCUUAGCUGUUUUUCUUUGUAUGAGUAUGUUUAUUACAAUAAUCAGUGAUAGUUUUCGUAUUGUUCGAGAUAAUGCAAAAAAUAAUCUCAAUGAAAAUUAUCAAAUUCUAUUAUAUAUGUUUCGUAAAUUUCAACAAUGGCUAGAAUUAAUCGAAGAACGAGAUGAACAAAUGCGAUCAAAAUAUCGUGAUCCAAUUGAAAUUUUUCCGAAUAAAAUCGGACAAUUAUUAAAUGCCUUUAAUCGAGUAAGAUUAAUUUUGAAAAAUUAUACUGAGAUUUAUUUAUUUAUUUAUUUAUAA